AUGUCGAACAGCAGCUCUGUCAAUGAGUUCCUCCUUCUGGCUUUUGCAGAAAGGCGGGAGCUGCAGCUCUUGCACUUCUCACUCUUCCUGACCAUCUACCUGGUUGCCCUGCUGGCCAACGACCUCAUCAUCACAGCCGUAGCCUGUGACCAUCAUCUCCACAACCCCAUGUAUUUCUUCCUCCUCAACCUCUCCCUCCUCGACCUUGGAUCCACUGUCCUCACAUCCAUGGCCAAUUCCCUCUGCGGGAGAUCAGGUAAAGCCAUGGUCUCCACUCGGCAGAGAGCUUCCGCCAGGAAGACUGUGGCGACCCAGACUGAACCGCCACAGAAACACGCAGCGGUCCAGGUUUCUGGCUGCGGGGAAUGCCUGAGCCUCUCCACGUUACCGGGGAGUGGCAAAAGCACAGCCUGCCUUAGGUGUGAGCAGGUGGACGACCUGCUCAACCUGGUGGCGGAGCUAAAGGAGGAGCACUCCUGUGCCCCUAAGGAACUAAUGUCCAACAGCAGUUCCUUCAAUGAGUUCCUCCUUUUGGCAUUCACAGACAGGCGGGAGCUGCAGCUCUUGCACUUCUCACUCUUUCUGAGAAUCUACCUGGCUGCCCUCCUGGCCAAUGGCCUCAUCAUCACAGCGGUAGCCUAUAACCACUACCUCCACACCCCCAUGUACGUCUUCCUCCUUGUCCUCUCCCUCCUCGACCUUGGCAACAUCUCCACCAGAUCCAUGAGCAAUUCCCUUCGGAACAACAGGACCAUUUCCUAUUCGAGAUGUGCUGCCCAGAUGUUCCUGUUAGCAAUCUUGUUUUCAGCAAAGUUUUCUCUCCUCAUAGUCAUGGUCUAUGACCACUUUGUUGCCAUCUGCAGACCUCUGUACUUUGGGACCCUCCUGGGCAGCAGAGCUUGUGUCAAAAUGGCAGCAACUGCCUGGAUAUUCAGAGCUGUGCUGAGGAUCCCUUCUGAGCAGGGCCAGCACAAAGCUUUUUUCAUAUGCCUCCCACACCUGGUCGUGGUCUCCUUCUUUGUCAGCAAUAUCCUGGUUGCCUUCCUGAAGCCCCCCUCAAUCUCCUCCCCAAUUCUGGAUCUGGUUGUGGCCGUUCUGUACUCUCUGGUGCCUCCAACACUGAACACCCUCAUCUACAGCCUAAGGAAUGAGGAGCUCAAGAAUGCCCUAAGGAAACUUGUCCAGCAGGUCUAG